AUGGAUCAAUUUCGAUCACCAAACGUCAUCCCACCACGGACUUCCUCGACGGGACACAAUGGCCUAAACCACACCCCUCCUAAGGCAGUCUUGAAACCCGUUGCUGAAGGUGAUUGGAUAAGCCAGAGGAAGUACUCUGGCGCAAACCCAAACUCUAUAAAUCCAUCUAUACAACACGCUGGUGGAUCUCCUCCGGAUCCUGAUAGAUACAACAAGAGCGACAUGGCGUUUACCGGAAAGAGCAGUUGGUCUCCACAGAAGGACCAGAUCUUGAUGGGGCCCUACGAAUAUUUGAUGGCCCAGCCAGGAAAGAAUAUUAGAUCGCAGCUGAUCGCCGCGUUUAACGAAUGGUUGGAAGUACCACUAGAGAGUUUGGAGGUUAUCAAAAAUGUUGUGGGAAUGCUACAUACUGCUUCGCUGCUGGUAGACGACGUCGAAGAUUCUUCAGUGCUACGGCGCGGGCUUCCAGUUGCGCACAGCAUUUUUGGAACUGCCCAAGCAAUCAAUUCGGCCAAUUAUGUAUACUUUGUAGCUCUCCAGGAACUUACCAAGUUGAACAAUCCGGAAGCAAUCAACAUCUAUACCGAGGAGUUGUUGAAUCUGCAUCGUGGUCAAGGAAUGGAUCUGUUCUGGAGGGAUACGUUGACUUGUCCUACCGAGGACGAUUAUCUGGAAAUGGUUGGUAAUAAGACCGGUGGUCUUUUUAGAUUAGCGAUCAAGUUAAUGCAAGCUGAAAGCAAGAGCCUCAAGGAUUGCGUUCCUCUUGUCAACCUCAUGGGCAUCAUCUUCCAAAUCCGAGACGACUACCAGAACAUCUCCUCACCCGAAUAUUCAGUCAACAAAGGCAUGUGUGAAGAUUUGACUGAAGGCAAAUUCUCGUUCCCCAUCAUCCACAGCAUCAGAGCAAAACCAGAGAACAUGCAGCUGUUGAAUAUUCUGAAGCAGAAGACGGAAGAUGAGCAAGUGAAGAGAUACGCGGUGCAGUAUAUGGAGAGUACUGGCAGUUUAGAAUACUGCAGGAAAGUUCUUAGCACACUCAUGGAGAGGGCAAAAGUGCAACUAGAUGAACUGGACGGUGGUGCUGGUAAGGGAGUAGGUGUUAGGAUGAUCUUGGACAAAUUGGUUGUUUGA